CUCAAGUGUAAAAUAGGUGUAUUGACGUUCGAGGACACGUACUGUGCCCUCUUUAUCACAUUUCCUUUUCCAUUCUUUAUUUCAACAAAGCCAUUCGUCGGAACGUUUGUGCAUGUAAUCGCUCAUGCAGUAACAAAUUAAGAACAAUCAUUGAAACACGCGCAAAUUUUAUGGUGUAUUGAAAUACGAAAGGCAUUUGGAAUUUCAGUCAUGAGAUAUGUACGCAGGCUCCAUCUUCUACAGAAUCAAACCGUUAUACUUCCAGCUUUAAGAGCUUUGUGCCGUUUAUGUCUCAAAGGACUCUGCCACGCGAAAUAUACAGCGACAUUGAAAUAUUGGCGAAUGACAUUGAGGCAAUAAAUAGCACUGUUGUAGAGAGAGUGAAGAUUUAUCGACUUGUGAAGCAACAGGAAAAACUCACCGGAAUAUUUCAACAAAGAACGUUAACUAAGAAAACCACGCGAAGUAAUGGCGCAUUUGAAUUGUGAGUGCGACAAACUUGCAGUUGAUACAAGAGAAAAUAGCGAGUCCAUAGAGUCGGAUGACAAUUCAAAAACAAUAAGUGACGUAAGUUCGGGGUCACAAGAGAAACAAGAUGGCGCCAAAAGCUCGAAACGCAAGCGUCGUAAAAAGCGAAAAUUGACUGGCGUGAGUAGACAGCGACGAGCUGCAAACGCACGAGAAAGACGGCGCAUUCAGGGAGUGAAUCACGCAUUCGUUAAACUUAAGAACACUCUUCCGCUAGCUCAAAUCGACAUUUCAAAGUUCGAGAUUCUUCGCUUGGCAAUGCAGUGGAUUGAUCACUUAAACACAUUGUUAAAAGACCACGAGGAACAAAAAGACCUGCUCAAUACGAAACAAAUGGAAACAUCACGACCGAACGAUUUAAUGCAUCUGGAUGAUAACAUCACUCCAGUUAAGCACUCAUGUCUUUAUCAUCAAUUUCCGGAUCUAAAGAACACGCUGUGGGAUGAAUGUAUGGGUUUACAAGAUCCAAAUGCAGGUGAAAAUGAAGGAUGCGUUCACAUAAGGAGUCAAUCAAACUGGUUUUCUCUGUUUUCGGAAUGAUAUAUAAACUCUCAAAUGGAGGUGUACGUAAAUGCUGCAUUUCACAUGCAAACAGAUAAAAUAACAGCUAUAUAUAGUUCAAAUAAAAUUCAAAAGAGUUAUCGUCAGACGAUUUUGGACCGCCAACACAAAGUCGCCAUUGCCGUUUUAUAAGUGCAAGGGCACAAUAAUGCGAAUGUUGUUAGCAAUUUUGCUGGAAGAAUUCUAUAGAAUUUUUUCAUAUGAACAACACAGUUCUUCAUGAAGCUACAGCUAUAUAUCUACAGUACAGCGGUUCUACUCUUGUUAAGCGCGGAACUUGAACUAUUUGCGAACAUAAAUUAACAUGCAUGGUGAAGUAUAGAGCGCGUUAUAUAGAGUACCACCAUAUACAAAGACUAUAUAUAGUAUAAUAAGAUUAUGUGCUUCACAAAAUGCUUAAUACGUAUGCUCUAGUCAAAAAUAGAGUUUUAUCCAAUAUUAAUAAUAGCGCCGUCGUGAAUAGGAAAUAA